AUGACUACCGGGGUGUACUCGAAGCCUUUUAAGUUUGUGACCCAUUAUUUUUCAGGUGUGAAGGAUCCAUUUGGAUUUGGAUCAGCAGUAUUAAAUAUUGGCAGUGAUGCUAUCAGUGACAAAAUUGAUGCCGGAGAAGCCUUAAUUGUUGAUAUCGUAUCUGAUGUCGGUGAUACCGUUGAGACUGUCGCAGACGUGAUUAUUGAUAUAGCAUUUGAUCAAGAUGAGGAUGAAAGUGCAGAUUCUGAAGCAGAAUCGACUAGUGAUACUACUAAUGAGCAAAAUGAGGAUGAAAACACAGAAGCUGUAGCAGAAUCGACUAGUGAUACUACUAAUGAGCAAAAUGAGGAUGAAAAUGCAGAAUCUGAAGAAGAAUCGACUAGUGAUACUACUAAUGAGCAAAAUGAGGAUGAAAAUGCAGAAUCUGAAGAAGAAUCGACUAGUGAUACUACUAAUGAGCAAAAUGAGGAUGAAAAUGCAGAAUCUGAAGAAGAAUCGACUAGUGAUACUACUAAUGAGCAAAAUGAGGAUGAAAAUGCAGAAUCUGAAGAAGAAUCGACUAGUGAUACUACUAAUGAGCAAAAUGAGGAUGAAAAUGCAGAAUCUGAAGAAGAAUCGACUAGUGAUACUACUAAUGAGCAAAAUGAGGAUGAAAAUGCAGAAUCUGAAGAAGAAUCGACUAGUGAUACUACUAAUGAGCAAAAUGAGGAUGAAAAUGCAGAAUCUGAAGAAGAAUCGACUAGUGAUACUACUAAUGAGCAAAAUGAGGAUGAAAAUGCAGAAUCUGAAGAAGAAUCGACUAGUGAUACUACUAAUGAGCAAAAUGAGGAUGAAAAUGCAGAAUCUGAAGAAGAAUCGACUAGUGAUACUACUAAUGAGCAAAAUGAGGAUGAAAAUGCAGAAUCUGAAGAAGAAUCGACUAGUGAUACUACUAAUGAGCAAAAUGAGGAUGAAAAUGCAGAAUCUGAAGAAGAAUCGACUAGUGAUACUACUAAUGAGCAAAAUGAGGAUGAAAAUGCAGAAUCUGAAGAAGAAUCGACUAGUGAUACUACUAAUGAGCAAAAUGAGGAUGAAAAUGCAGAAUCUGAAGAAGAAUCGACUAGUGAUACUACUAAUGAGCAAAAUGCGAUUGAAUCCGGCGCCUCCUUGAUCACUGAUAUCGCAUCGGAUGUUUCUGAUACGAUUGAGUCCGGCGCGUCCUUGAUCACUGAUGUCGCAUCGGAUGUGAGUGACAAUCUGGAUACUGCAUCAGACCUUAUAACUGGUGUCAUCCCUGGUAGUGCGUUCCUGGGUGGUGGGUCAAGUUCGUGGUGGGGUUGAAAAGGGUAAUUGCCCAGGGCGCCAGAAUAACGUGCGCCGGCCCUGUUCAACUCCAACAAUGCGCCCUUUGGUUAAAUUAAGUUGCUUACUAUAUUGCUAUUACUGUUAUCAUACUGUUUUAAUAAACCAAUAAUUUUAUAAUGCAGCA